GAGAGCUGCUGAUCAGUCAGCCUGCAGGCGGCGCUUUGAUGGAGCUCCAUCUCAUCCAGGUUUAUAAUAACGGGUUGUUUCAGUGUGAUUUAUAGAUUAAUGUUGGUGGAGGAAGAUCCACAUCCGGGUAAGUAGAGCUGUGCAUCCCUCUCCUCCUCCUCCUCCUCCUCCUCUUCCUCUCUCUCCUCCUCCUCCUCUCUGUCUCUCCAUCCUCUCGUCCGCUGCAUCCUCUCAUCCUGCAGAUCAACAGACGGUGCAUCUCUGCAGGCUGCAGUGAUGUCGGUGUCGCCCGCCCUCGCUGACCUCUCUCGUCUCUAUCAGACGGAGUUUGUUCGGAGCGCCCGGGCGGUUGGUGUCCUCUGGGCCGUCUGUACGCUCUGCUUCGCAAUUAUCCAGGUGGUCGUCCUGGUGCAGCCGUCCUGGAUCGGCACCGGAGAAACCCGCCACGUGGGAGCGGGACCGGUCCCGCCCAGCGGCACCCUGGGACUGUUUGAGGUGUGUGUGGAGUCGGACUGGCCCGUCCCAGACUGUCGUGGCGGUCUGUCCAGUCUGUCUCCUCUGCCAUCCUUCCAGUCGGUGGCGGUGUUGGUGGGAGUGUCUCUGUGGGCGGUGUGGACCAGCGUCCUCUGUCUCUGUCUCUUCAGGUUCUGCAGCGCCGCCACCGUCUACAAGAUCUGUGCAUGGCUGCAGCUCACUGCAGGGUUCUGUCUGGCGUUGGCUUGUCUCCUGUUUCCAGACUCGUGGGAGAGUCCAGAGAUGAGAGCUCUGUGUGGAGACUCCGUGGGCAGCUUCUCUCCAGGUAACUGUUCGGUCCACUGGGCCUACAUCCUGGCCCUACUGGGCAUUCUGGACGCCGCCAUCUUGGCGACGUUGGCCUUCGUCCUCGCCAACAGACAGGACGCCCUGCUGCCGCCAGACGCCAAGGACAUGACCACAGGUCUGCUGAUCUCAGCAUAGAGUCACCAGGAGGAGGAGAACACAAAUUUAAAAAGAAGCCAGAAGAAGAAUCUCCUCUCAUUAUCUCCUGGUUUCCAUCUUGAUGUUGACACGGUGAGGAGAAAAGAACACCGGAUAUAUUGGACUGAUUCCAUACAUUAGGUCUAUAAUAACAUUAUAUAUAUAACCAUAUAUAUAUAUAUAACUAUAUAUAUAUAUAUAACCAACUAACAAUCUAUAUAACAAUACGAGUAUUAGAGAAUAGAGCCUGUGUCACAUCUUCAUCAGCUUUUAUAGUUUUAUUCGGGAUGUGGAGCCUCUCUGCAUCUCCAGCUGGAAGAACAUCUCAUUCAAAUGUAGCAGCACUUGAAGUGUGGUUCUGUCACGCAGUGGUGGAAAGUAACUAAGUACAUUUACUCAAGGCAGAUUUAUUUAUACAGCACAUUUCAUACCCAAAAUACUUUACAGAUGACACAAAGAAGCAAAUAAAAGACAAUAAAAGCAAGCAAACUAAAGCCCAAAGAAUAAGAACAAUAAAAAAAAAAUACUUUUGAUUUACUCAAGUUCUGUACUUAAUUGACACAUCGAUACUUUUACUGGAGAUAAUAUUUAGAUACUUCAGUAAGGUUUUGAAUGCAGGACUUUUACUCGUAGUGGAGUAUUUUCACAGUGUAGUAUUACUACUUUUACUGCAGUAGCUAGAGGAUCUGAGUACUUCUUCCACCACUGUUGACAUGUUACUGUACUCUCAGUGUUUGUCCUGAUUAUUAAAGUUUGUUUCUUAUUGUUACAUUUUUCUGACAUAACUGUUAUAUUUCAUAUUUUGAUGUUUGUCUAAUAUUGUAAUUUGCUUUUGAGCUAUGCAAGUGUGGAGGUAGGGAAGAGGAGAGGAACUGAAAUAGAGGGAGGACGUCACCACAAACAGAAGCACAACAUGUUUUAUAAAAUCAUCUUCUGUGAAUUUAAAACAUGUCGACAUGAAGUCUGAAUCUUAAAAGAAGCCGUCUGAGAUUGUAGUUAAAUCCUCUUGUGUCACAUGGUUCAUCUCUGUUUAGCCUAUAGCUUAGCACAAAGACAUCUUCAACUCCAAAUC